GUUGCUAAGAGCACUCGUGGAUGCAUCUACACAUUCUUGUUGACAGCUGCUGGAGAUCGCUUCGAUCUCAUUCAUCGCACCGACAAACCAUACGUGAGUCGACGAUCUCUUCUAAAAAUUCAGAAAUUUUUACUGGAGCUGUUGUGUGCUGUUAGCUUCGUAGUGUUUCAAUCUCUUCUUAAACAACAACUUUCAAAGGAAAAUAAUUUUAUUUUUAAACAACUUUAUCACGGCGUUAUAGCGUGUCAAAUGGUGACUGCAACCGUCGAUGUCACUUCAACGGCUUAUUAUGUUCGCCGCAGAUGUUCUUCCAUAACAGGUAAUGUUUGGAGAGCUAGGGUGAGG